UGGAGCGGCUUUAAGAGCUCGUUGCGGUGUGGACGGGGUUUAUUCGCCUAUAGGUCAUCGCAGCUAGAGGAACCCAGUUUCUAUCUAAUGACAGACGUUGAAACAACAACCUCCGUCGUCGCAAUUAAGUGAACGUCUCCAUUUAUCUUUGUUAUUUUUGAAAACAGGGUUUUUGGUUUCACAUCCACCGCUGAAGACGUUAACAAGCUAGAAGCAGAGAUAAAGCAAAGGAAAAGAGACUGAAGGGGCCGGUGUUCAGCCUUCCGAAUUUUCUCCAACUUUAACCCCCCACAACCAUCUUUAGCAUGAUGUCGUAUCUCAAGCAACCACCUUACAUGGUCAACGGGCUAAGUUUAACUACCUCCGGUAUGGACCUUCUGCACCCUUCCGUUGGAUACCCAGCGACUCCUCGAAAGCAGAGGCGGGAAAGGACAACAUUUACUAGAGCGCAACUAGAUAUUCUGGAGGCUUUAUUCGCGAAAACGCGCUACCCGGAUAUUUUCAUGCGAGAGGAGGUGGCCUUAAAAAUCAACUUACCGGAGUCCCGUGUACAGGUUUGGUUCAAAAACCGAAGGGCAAAGUGUCGCCAGCAGCUGCAACAACAACAAAACGGAGGCCAGAACAAGGUGCGACCUGCCAAAAAGAAGAGCUCUCCAGCGCGGGAGGCCAGUUCUGAGAGCGGGGCGAGUGGCCAGUUCACCCCGCCCUCCAGCACUUCAGCCCCGGCCAUCUCAACCACAACCGCGCCGGUGUCCAUUUGGAGCCCGGCCUCCAUCUCGCCGCCGUCAGACCCACUCUCUACCUCCUCCUCCUGCAUGCAGCGAUCCUACCCCAUGACCUAUACUCAAGCGUCUGGAUACAGCCAGGGCUACACUGGUUCCACAUCCUACUUUGGGGGCAUGGACUGCGGCUCUUACUUGACGCCCAUGCACCAUCAGCUGACCGGGCCAGGAUCCACUUUGAGCCCCAUGAGCAGCAAUGCUGUCACCAGUCACCUGAACCAGUCUACCGCGUCUCUUCCCACGCAAGGUUACGGUGCCUCGGGGCUCGGCUUCAACUCCACCGCGGAUUGCUUGGAUUAUAAGGACCAAGCGUCCUCGUGGAAACUGAACUUCAAUGCUGACUGCUUGGAUUACAAAGAUCAGACUUCCUCCUGGAAAUUCCAGGUGUUGUGAAACUAACAAAACGUCUGCCAUUCUGUCCAAUCAACACACUAAAAGACCAUAAAAUAAACGUUGUAGACCUGCCAUCCUUCCAAAAACAGAAGUGCUCCGUGACACGCGAACUCUCCGAGAUGGAUGGGUUGCAUUGUGCCCGACAGCGCUUUUGAAGUUUGUCUUUGACAUGAAAUAUCUAUUUGAGCUACAUGCACCCCUUGUGGCCUGCAAAGUAGUAUUUGAAGGGUCGUGAAUGCGUAUAAACAUAGGCCAUUUGACCACAACCUGUUGUUUAAGGUACAGGGAAUUGUAAAAAGUUAGGUCAAAGCCACGGAACAAAUCCCUACACAAGAAAAGAGGAG